CACACUGAGUGUCUCACUUCCUUAAACUUUCUCAGUUCAUCUCAUCGUGUGCGCUGCAGUUCUCCACCCACGGCUGCCUAACUCUGUGUUCCCAGGCUUCCAGACCUCGGGUUCGGUCUGGUGUUGGUCUCAUGGCGAGCGCGCGGGUCGGUCAGUGGAGGUCCAGCGCGCGGGUCGUGUCCUGUGUACUCGUCGCGCUCCUCACCUGUACGCUCAGGUGUUCAGAAGGCGUCAAACUGAGCAACAUCAUCCUCAUUCUCACCGACGACCAGGAUGUGGAGAUGGGGGGAAUGACGCCCAUGAAGAAGACCAAAGAACUGAUCGGUGAUGCUGGUGUAACUUUCUCCAAUGCUUUCACUGCCACCCCUCUGUGCUGUCCCAGUCGCAGCAGCAUCCUCACUGGUAAAUAUCCACACAAUCAUUUGGUCCGAAAUAACUCAAUUUCUGGAAACUGCAGCAGCACGGCGUGGCAGAAGGAGGCCGAGCCUUUUGCCUUUCCGGUUUACCUCAAUAAGCUGCGCUACCAAACCUUCUAUGGCGGGAAAUACCUGAAUCAGUAUGGAAGUAAAGAUGCAGGCGGUGUGGCUCAUGUGCCUCCUGGCUGGGACCAAUGGCACGCACUGGUGGGAAACUCUAAAUAUUACAAUUACACACUGUCUGUAAAUGGAAAAGAGGAAAAGCAUGGAGACAACUAUGAGAAGGACUAUCUCACAGACCUAGUUUUAAACCAGUCGCUGCAUUUCCUGGAGGAGCGGAGCCCCAAUCACCCGUUUUUCAUGAUGUUGUGUCCGCCGUCUCCUCACUCGCCGUGGACGGCCGCCCCUCAGUAUCAGCAGUCCUUCAGCGACGUCAAAGCACCACGUGACGGCAGCUUCAACAUGCCUGGAAAGGAUAAACAUUGGUUACUACGGCAGCCUGCAAAUCCAAUGCCAAACAGCUCCAUUGAGUACCUUGAUAACGCUUACCGCAGGAGAUGGCAGACACUUCUGUCAGUGGACGACAUGGUGGAGCAGCUGAUUAAUAAACUGGAUUCAAUAAAAGAGUUGAACAACACAUACAUCUUCUACACGUCUGAUCAUGGCUAUCACACCGGCCAGUUCUCAUUGCCUAUUGACAAGAGACAGCUUUAUGAGUUUGAUAUUCGCAUCCCUCUCUUGGUUCGGGGUCCAGGAAUCAAACCUAAACAAACACUUCAGUCUCCAGUGCUGAAUAUAGAUCUUUCUAUGACUAUCCUGGACAUCGCAGGAGUAAAUCUCUCCACCGUCAGCAUGGAUGGACAGUCUUUCCUGCCACAGAUGGCACCAUCGUUGCGAUACGGCACCGAACGGCCCUUCUUUCUGAUUGAAUACACCGGGGAGGGUAAUUCGUCUGAAGAUCCCAGCUGCCCUAAACUCGGCCCUGGACUAGCUGAAUGCUUCCCAGACUGCGUAUGUGAAGACGCCUUCAACAACACAUACGCCUGCGUCAGGACUCUGAAGGAUGCAAACCUGCAGUACUGCGAGUUUGCAGACAACGAGUCGUUCGUAGAGGUGUACAACCUGACGUCGGAUCCCCAUCAGCUGGAGAACAUUGUGAAGAAGGUCGAUCCUGCGCUUCUGCAGAUCAUGAACCAAAGGCUGAUCAAGCUGGAGUCCUGCACAGGCGACAGCUGUCGAAACGUCAAAUAAGACUGUGCCAGAGGGCGGGCCGGACCCCAGCUCCAGCAGUGAACGCUAAGUUUAGUAAUGUGAAGAUUUAUCAGGGUGUUGACUUGCACACAUCUCUCCACCGAAAUUCUUAAAGAGAUAGUUCUUUCCUAUCAGUAUUUACUCACUCUUAUUACUACUAUACAAUGAAACUGAUGACAUUAGGGUGAGUAAAUAUUUACAGAAAUGUUAUAUUUGGCACGAACUCUCCCUUGAAUUCUUAUCUGGGAAGUCACACACACUUCCCUCCUUAAGAUGUGAAUGUAUCUACCGCGUGAUUCUAGUUCAUAUGCUGUCAUACAGCUACAUGAACAGUUUCUAAGGGCUUGAACUAGUUCGACUGAAGGUUACUUGUCGUCAGUCUUGCCUUACUUCCUACUCCUUAUUUGUUUCAGCACUUUUAUGAUGAAUGAAUGUUUAAUUCAAGUCUUGUCAUGAUUUGCAAAAUAUACUAGAAUCAAAACAUUCACCCCUAGCAUUUUAAGAGUCGUUUUUCUGUUUGACCUUUAUUCUCGGUUAUGCAUGGUUGUUUUAUUUCAAUUUUUCAUACUGUGAAUUGAACCUUAUGUAUCCAUAACUGCAAAUGCUCACGUGCCUCAGUGGAAAUCCUGUUCUGAUCUUAUUUUUUUAAAUUUAAAGGGAAAGGUCUGAUAUUUAAGGGAAAUUUGCCAAUUUUGAUUGUUGUGCUUUUAUAUGAUACAAAUGUUUCAUUUUGAAGAAUCAAUAAAUUUAUGGGGGAAAAAAAGA